AAAAUACAACAAUAUAUAUGUUAUUAUAAUGCCUGACAUGUGUAUUUUACAAAACUGAGACCCAAAGCUAAAUAUCUGAGCAAGUUAUAGUCCCAAUUUAAAGUUGAAAUCUCUUUCGGUAAGGUUAAGUUUGGGCGCAGUACCAGACAUGACCACUAGUUUCCAUUCAGUUUACAUUGGUGAGCAUACAAGAGCGAACCCUGAGUUUGGAGAAGUAUGAACUGUAUUUUCACACACAGACAACGUGUGUAGAGUAGACAUUAAAUGAGGAAGCAGUAUGGACAGUUUGGUGGUCUUUGCAUUAAAUUUAGCCUCUUAAAAACAUCUAAACCUGUCUUCACACGAGGAUUGCUGUAGCAAAGUAAUGCUUUAUUACGACUUCUUAUGAAUGACUUUUGUCCCGCGUACACUGAUUGGCGCAGUUAUGCAUUGACAGUGCUGUGAACUGUUAUGGGAUGAUCAGAUGCAUGUCUGUUAUUUUAUUAUUAACGUUGUUUAAAAUGCAGAUCAGAGUGAAUUUCCCAGAUUCAUACAUGUAUACCCUCAUACAUAAUAUAAUAUGGUAAAUUCCCCAGCACUGAAACACACACAGUGGCUAUAUGUGACAUAACAGUGACGCACUGGAGCGGCCGUCCUGAUCCAGCUCUGAAUGGUUUGUUUGUGGUCAGUUCUGGCCUCUGCUGACCCAGACUGACCCGCAGGGCUGGAAACAGUUUGAUUGUUAAUAGAUAAUCUCUGAUGUUCACUGAACUUUGUCUCUGUAAACAGACGAAUCACAACACACGGCUCGAGAUCUUCAUCUGCCGCAUCUGCGCGGCGUCUGACGAUCAUCUUCAGCUCCAGAGUUUCCCACAGAGAGUGUAAGAUGGAGUUCAGACUUCUCCUCGUCUUCAUUUCCGCGUGUUUUCUGUGCUCUGCUGAACAUGAAGAGCUCAGAACUCCUGAUAUCUCAGAUCUGGCCUUCAGAAACACAGACUUCGCCAUCAACCUCUACCGCAAGAUCUCCAGUUUGCACGACAGGAACGUGGUGUUCUCUCCGCUGAGCGUCUCCACGUGUUUCUCGGCGCUCCUGCUGGCGGCGCAGGGCUCCACGCGCACCGAGAUACUGAAGGGUCUGAAUCUGGAGGCUCUGGAUGGAGGAGACUCCCGGCGGGUUCCUGAACUCUUCCAGCAGCUCCACCAGAACAUCUCCCUGCAGAUGGAGCAGGGCACGGCGCUCUUCCUGGACCAGCACUUCCACCUGCAGACCAACUUCAGCCAGCAGAUCCAGAGGUUCUUCAAUGCAGAGGUGCUCAGGGUGGACUUCAGCAAGCCGGCGGUCUGCAGGAGCCUCAUCAAUGAGUUCGUCAGCAGAAAGACCGGCCGGAAAGUGCUGGAGAUGCUGGAGAGCGUGGAGCCGCUCACGCAGAUGUUGCUCCUCAACACCAUCUUCUACAAGGGUGAUUGGGAGCGUCCGUUCAACCCCAACAACACAGAGAAGAGCCGCUUCUACGUGGACAAAUACAACAUCGUUCAGGUGCCCAUGAUGAUGCUGGAGGAGAAGUUCUCUGUGGUGGAGGACCGGGAUCUGCGCGCUCGAGUGCUGCGUCUGCCGUACCGCGGUGGAGCCUCCAUGCUGAUCCUCCUACCCUCCGCUGACGCAGACUACACCGCCAUCGAGGACGAGAUCAGCGCCGAGCGGCUCCACGGCUGGAUCAAGAACAUGAGGAGAAUGAAGAUGGAGGUGCAUCUGCCCCGGUUCCGCAUGGAUCAGUCGUACCACAUGCAUGAGCUCCUGCCUCAGCUGGGCAUCAGCAGCGUCUUCCAGGACUCCGCAGAUCUCACCGGGCUAAGCAGAGACGCACAUCUGAAGGUCUCUCAGGUUCUUCAUAAGGCAGUGAUAGAGGUGUAUGAGCAGGGCACCAGCGCUGCCUCCUCCACAUCAGUGGGCAUCACGGCGUACUCUCUGCCGGACACCUUCAUCAUCAACAGACCCUUCUUCUUCUUCCUCUACCACGAGGAGACCGCCAGCCUGCUGUUCAUGGGCAGAGUCAUCGACCCCACGCUCAGCUGACACACACACUCUGAUGGAGACCGACCGCCCUCUCACACACACACACACACAACACACAACACAUACACACAUUUAAUGGAGACCAUAUUCAUAAACAGACACACACACACACAACAAACACAUUGAUGGAGACAUUUCUCAUUAACACACACAACACACAAACAUUGAUGGAGACAUUUCUCGUAAACACACACACACACACACAGACGGAGGCAAUACUCAUAGACACACACAGAUUUCAGAAAGUUGCAGAGAAAAUGUUUUUAAAAAUGCCAUAAUAAAAGCAUUUGGGUUAUUUCCUUUGGA